AUGAGAAAUUUUCUUUUUCAACUUAAAGACUUUUACAUUUAGCAAUUUCUCACUAUCAAAGGAAUAUGGAGAAAGUCUCUUGAACUAUCAAUAGUGUUUUUGAUUGUCGAAAAUAUUUAGUUAUUAUCCUUAAUUACUCAAUCAAUACCUAUUAUUAAUAGAGCCAUAUAUUUAGACUUCAUCCAUAGUAUUUUGAAUAUAUUUCGGUUUAAAUGAAUUAUUAAUAUUAUUAGAUUCUAGAGUGUCUUUGGAGAGUCUAUUGAAAUCCACAUUUUGUACAUGUUGAUAGGAUUUACACUGACCUUCUUAACUUUUAUCAGCUUAUUAAUUUUGAUCUUAAAUACUUCAGUUAGAACAAAUUAAAAUGGAUAAAUAAUUGAGAUGACACUUGAAAUUGUAUUAUUAUUCUAAAUUUAAUUUAGAAUAGAUAGAAAUAAAUAGAGUAAAAUAAUCUAAUCAAAUAAUUUAUCUCAGUUUACAUGCAAAUAUAUUAAAUGUUAAUGAGGAUACCUUUGUUGUAUUCCCAUUUUCACAUUUUGAAUUACUAUUAAAUGAAAAGUAUUAAUUAUGUUUAUUAGAUUCACCUAACUAGUUCUUGCUAUUUGGUGCUAGUAUUAGUAUAUUGUCAAUUGCACUUUAAAUAAUAUUUAGCUUUAUUAUUGAUUUGCAUAGUUUUGAAUUUAAAAUGAAGAAAUAAGAUUAUUUAGGAAGAUUUAAUUAAUAAAAAGUGCAUCUUAUCUUUGCAUUUCAAACAACUAUAAUUAUAUUAAUAGGAAUGGAAAUGGAUACAAUACUAAUCCAAGUUCUUUAUGUGAUAUAUUUAUUGAUGAACAUUUUUAUGAGUUAUAAUUAACUUGUUUAUGUAGAAGUACAAAUUUCUCGAUUGCAAUUUCAUAUUUCAACCUACUUGUUUAUUUACUAGAUAACACUUUUAAUAGUUUAACUAAGUGAAAUAGUUGAAGAUUUGAAUGUUUUGGGAUUUUUGAUGUUUUAUUAUCCUUUCACUGCUUAUGUUCUUAUAAUCUUAAUUGAUAGAUAAAAGAUAUCUUAAUUAAAAUAAUCAGGGAAUUCAUUAGAAAAAUAGAUAAGAUUUAUUUAUCAUUUAUUUAAAAAAUAAAUUAAAUUAAAAAAAGAAUAGAGAUCUUUAGAUCCUAUGGAAUCAUUGUUUAUGUAUUCAUUUACAACAAAUCAUUUACGAUAUUGUUCUUUGAAUCGAGAAAGAAAAUUAUAGAAGUAGAUAAAAAUGAAAUUUACAUGUUUUUGUGAAGAAUUUUCAGAAAAAGAAAACUUUUAAUUUGAUUCAAUAAAUUCAAUGAAAGUUUUUGCAAAGGAACUAAUAUCAUAAACUUUAGAAGAUGAAAUUAUUGAGACAGCCAAUACAUAUUUAUCAUUGAUUUAUAUUUACUUUUUGGUUCAAAUUAAAAAGUUACCUACUUAAGCAAUUUAUGAAGUAAUUAGAUUAUCUAUAACAAAAUAAGUAUGUUUUUUAUUUUUAAUAAAGGGAAUGGCAUUAAAAGAAUAGGCUAUAAUUUAUAAAUUAAAAUAUGAUGCUUUAGAAGAAUUUGACCAAUUAGUUAAGAAGAAUGAUUUAAAAAAUUAAAAGUACAUAUUCAAAAGAGUAUAUCAAUAUGAAGAGUCUUUAUCAAUAAUUAAAUAAAAUAUGUGUUUAAUAGCUAAAUAAUUUAAGGUAAUAAUUUUUAGGAAUUUAGGAAUGGUAUGGUUUAAUUUUAACAACAACAAUUGAUAUUGAUUAAUUGGUUAGAAUAGGAUUUGAAAUUUUGAAUAAUAUAAAAUCUGUUGAAUCUUAAUUGCAAGAAGCUUUUACAAUAAAUCCACUUUCAAAUGAAUGUGAUACAAUUUAUAAUCUGUUUUCAAAAUACAUACAAUAUAACAAGAGUAGACCUAAAUUGUAUCGUUUGGAAGGGAAAUUGGUAACACUAUUUAUGUAAUCAAUUGAAAAAACAAUAUUUGAUCCUGGUAGUUGUGUAAUUUAGAUAACUUUAUUAUAACCUAGAGGAAAUGUACUUAGAUAUACUAGAUCAUUUCAGUAAGCUAUUGGUUUUAAAGAUGAAGAGAUUAAGGAUUAAAAUAUACAUAGAUUUAUGCCUUAAAUAAUAGCUGAUGAUCAUGAUAUGUAUUUAGAUAAUUUUGUUGAGAGAGGUAGAAUUAUAGUUGUAAGAUCAGAAGUAAGAGUUAUUUUGGGUAAGAAUAAGGGAUAAUUUUUGGUUCCUAUUAAUACUAGAUUAAGAAUUGAAACUAGUCCAACUGAAUUUGGUGCAACUGCUCUUAUAACACCUGUUAAUUUAACUUUUGGAUAUAUGAUUUUGAAUGAGAAAGGAGAAAUUGAAGAAAUUACUUAAAAUAUUUUUGAAGAAAUGUUUUAAAAAUAUUUAGGAAUCUAAAUAUCUUAAAUUAGAGGAUUAGAUUGUUUAUUUUUUGUUCCUGAAUUAGCUAAAAUUUGGGAAUAGAUAUAUGAUAAAAAUUUUGAUAAAUUAGAUAAAAAGUUUGAAUGUUAAUUUAUUAUUCCAAUAAUCAACUAAAACAAAAGUAUGUCAUAAUCCCAAAUAUCUAAAAGUUUGUCUAAAUGUUAUUUUUAGAAAUAAAUUUAUAAGAAUUUUGAAUGUUAACCAACAGAUAAUGUCAUAUUUCUUGUAUAAUUACAUGUAAUUAGUUUAGUCACAAUUAAUUUAAGGUAUUAUUAUUAUCAAAUAUUUAGGUUAGUUAUUUUAGAAUUAUAAGAUUACAAAGUUUUGGCAAGUUAAAAGAUAUCAAGUAAAUAAAUAAUAUAGUUAAGAGUAAGAACAUCUUAAUAAAUUAAUAUUUAAUAGUUUCAAAACUCUACAAGUUAUAGAGAAUAGGGAAGUUUAACAAAUUCUCCUUGGGUAUUAGAUUGUGAUCUAGAUCAUGAUUUACUAUAAGAAGAAGAAAGAAUGAUUGAUGAAGUCAAAAAUUAAUUGGCUACAGUAAAUAUUACAAAUACUACUCAUUAAUAAUAAGUGUAGCUAAUUUAAUAUGUUUAAGAUGAAAUUGAAAGUGUUUAAGAAAAAAAUUAAAAACCUCCAAAAGAAGCUUAACCUUCAAUCAAAAGUGAGGAAAGAAAAAAAAAUUAAAUAAAUAAAGUUGAUAAUCAAAAUAAUAUGUCUGUAGGUAGCAGAUCUUCAUAAAACAAUCAAUCAUAACUCAAAAGAUAAAUGAGAGAUUGCUUAAGUGAUAAUACAAAAUUAAAUAAAAAGCAUGCGCUUAUUCUACUGAUCUUUUAUUUAUUGAUAAUUGGAUCAUAUGUAGUUAAUUGCUUAAUCUUUUCUUCAAAUUAUCAAAAGAUACAAUAAAAUCAAUCUAGUUAAAAUUUACCAUAUUAAUUAUCUUAUUUCUAUAAUGAAUUUGUGAUCUCUUCCUUUUAUUUGAAAUAUAGUUUAUUGUUUCCAUUUUCGAAUUUGCAAUAAAUAAGUUUAGAUUUCUAUUAGGAAGAAAUCAAAAAUGUUGAUGAUGCUUUAAAGAAUAUUCCAGAGUUAGAAAAUAGUUUAGAAAUCUCAUUAAAACAAUAAUCAAUUCAAAUUAUUUAAUAGAUGAUAAACUAGAUUUAAAAUUAAUUAUUUAGCUCAAAUACCUUUUUGAAUAAUACCAAAUACUUUGAGAGUAUAGUUGAUACUUUAUAUUAAACAGAUACAACUAGAAAUAUUACAAACAUUUAAUUUAUGUAAAUAAUUUAUAAUAUUUAUGAAUAUUAUUUUUAGUGUUAUAGCUGAAGAAAUAGUUCUGUUGUUAUUUAUCUGUUGGUAUGCAUACAAAUGUAUCAUACUUAUUCAGAUGAAAUAGAAGGUAUUUAAAUUAUUUUGUACAUUCACUACUGAUGCAAUACAAGAAUAAUAUGUAACCUUUUCUUCUUUAUAUUCACUUAUGAAUGCGAACAAAUUCAAAAAAGAAGAAACAAAUGAGGAGAAAUUUGAAUUCAUAAUGGGAUAAGUAUUACAUAAACAAACAAGCGAUUCAAUUUUAGAGAAAUACUAGAAAGUAGGAAAAAGAAUAAAAUAAAAAAGUAUUUAAAUUUAUUAAUAGUAAUAGAAAAUAAUUCAACACAAAUAGUCUUUUUCUUAUUUGUUUUGAUAACUAUAAUAGUCUGUUCAACUUAUUUUAUAGGUAGUAAUUUAAUGCAUUAGGCAACUAUUGAUUAAAUUCUUAUAUAAUUUAAUGAUAAGAUGUUAUUCUCGUAAGCUUACUAUGAAAUUACUUCAGCAUAUGCCUAAUCAUCUGUUUUUAUCUAAAACGAGAUUACAAGUGAAAUCUUAAAAAUCUAAAAUAAGACUGUUAGUUCACUAAAUGAUUUAAGAAAGAAACUAUCAUUAUAUUAAUAAGAUUAGACUAUAUACAAAAUAGUAACAAAAUCGGCUUGCAAUAUUUUCAAUGAUUCAUUGUAAUUACUUAUAUAAUAUUAUUAUUAGAACAAGCUAUUAGUAAUAUGAUGAAUUAUUUUAAUAUGAGUAAUGUAUGAGUUACCCCAUCUUAUAGGGAGGAUUGAGUGUAAUUUUUGCAGAUUUAUGUGAUUAAUAACUCAGAUUUUUGUAGGAUUUAGAAAACAAUGCGACUUAAGAAUAUCUCUAACUUAAUUAUUAUUCUGUAACAUCUUAAAUUGAACGACUUUAUGAUUCUAUGGGUUUUUUUGUCAUUGUUUAAACAUUAUCUAAUCAAAUAAAGUAAUCAGUACAAAACAACAUAAAUAUUGAUAUAAUAUUAGUAGUAUUUUCUGGUUUAUUGAUGACAAUUUCAAUGAUAACAAUGGUUAUUUCAAUGAGAAAUAUUCGAUCACAUUAUUAAACAAGCAAAUAAUUAUUAACAUUAGUUCCAUUAGAAAGAUUACUCGAAAAUGCUUAUAUUUUAAGCUUUAUUUAAUAAGAUAUUAAACUUCAAAAUUGA